GUGUGUCUGUGUUUCUUCGCAAAGCUGAACUCCAGCAGGCCUUUCGUCGUAUUGCAGAUCAAAUUUCAUAAAAAGACACGCUAUUAGUGUCUCUUUUGUUUUCAUUUUCCUUUUCUGUCUGCAGCUCUCAACUCAAACUCUUUUUGUCCAGUUAAGUUUAAUGAACACAAAUAUGAUGUUACAAACCCGUGAAGCAGAUGGCACUGAUGGUUCUGUAUAUCUGAUACUAUUAUUGAUAUUAUUACAUUUACCUUAUAACACUCCAGCAGCUUGCACUUAGAGGUAAGUCACAAGUGAGAUGAGCUGCAGCUCUGACUCUGCUUCCCUCUACAGAGUAAUCCAUUGUUGUAGUAAACGAUCUUUGUGCUCGAACUUCUCUGCGUGGAAACUUAAAAAACUGCUCGCGGAGCUGCGACCUGAGGGCCCUCCCCUCUUCUAGCCGGAAGCUGGUCUUCUGCUCAUCGAUCACUUCACGUUAUAUGUAGUUUGGAACUGGCCGGUGUCGUGGGACAGACUUCCAGAUCAUCAGAUCCAUUCACAGACGUCUCGUGAUCGUUAAAACCGACUUUGACAUUAUGUCUCUUCGGGUGGUGAUGCAGGGCCCUGGACCCUGGGGAUUUAGGCUGGUAGGAGGAAAGGACUUCGAUCAGCCUCUCACUAUUUCCAGGGUGAGUUUUACAGUCUGCUCCUCACGGUAGACAUAGCUUUGGGUAACCUUACCUGGGCUUGCCCCGACGAAACUUUGGCUGCUAGUUCUUACCUGUUGAAGCAGAAGGGCAAAGCGAUUGAUCAGCCGAGAUAAUAUGACCCACUUUGUACAAGAAGUUAAAGUUACCUCUCAAAACUGAACCGAUGGGGCUACUGAAUCCAGAGCUUGCUAAAUGAAGAUUGAGAACGUGGCCACAGUGUCGGUGCGCUCUAACUUUGGGCUUCAAGUACUUAUUUUUAAGACUUAAAAAAGCCAUGGAGCUAUACAGUUUUGAACAGCUGUUUGGUUCCCUUGAAUAUGACAUUUAUUUAUUCAUGGAUGCCUAUGUAUGGAAGCCUUAGUGCACCACUACAUGUUUUUAAUUGUCAAUGCCAAUAAGAAGGAGUAGGUCAGUUUUUGGAUCAUAUAAUUCUUUUUCCUCUUUUUGUAGACUUAGAAUAUAUAUAUAUAUAUAGUGUGUGUUUGUUUUUUUUAACAUUUAUGACAAAAUUCAGCAGUUAAAUAAUACUUAAAAAUGAGAAACAAAAUUGCUAAAAGUAAAUGAACAUGAUAUUAAAUAAUGGUAAUAAAUAACAAAUAAUUUGCUAUGUUAAAUAGUCCACAAGGGAAUUUGGAGCGUUUGUCCAGCCAUGUCAAAUUGGGAAAAAAAAUGAAAGAUCCAAUUACAUUUAUAAAAAGUCAUUUAUAAAUUACAUGUGGUCAACAGAUGACAGUCAGUCAACAGCUGAUGCCAAUAAUGAGAGAGCAGGUUAGUCAAUGGCCGGUAUAUGCUGCCGAUAUCACAUUGUUGUUUUAACUGUAUAUAAAUGUUGUAAAAAAAAAUGGGCAGCUCCAUUGCUGAAUUCUAGUGACUGUUUUUUUUUUUAAAUAGAUAUCUACAGGUUAAUGUUGAGCUGGGGAAAAUAUUGCCACCAGAGACUAAAUUUGUAAGAAAGAAAAGCUGAAAUAAUCAGAAUUAAUAUUAAACACUACUUAGUCUUAGAUUUGAUAAGCUGUUGAAUGCAUUUUUCAUUUGGAAAGCAAAUAGUGAUAUCGGCCUUGUGAAGGCUGAUGCUGAUAUGACACCAUUUAGUCAAAAUGCCAUAAAAUCAAUGGCCAACCGAACACCUGACCCUCAAAAGUCAGCUGGAUAUGAUAUUUGUCAAUAGUUACUACUUUGAAAAUAAGCAAGGAAUGUUAUGUCCACAGAGGGCGCCAAAUUCAACUCAAACCAAAAGUUCCUCACAGGAGUUUUAACUUUUUAAAGCAUGGUUUUGUUUUCUUUGUACAUAAAGUCCAUUAAAAAGUCAUAUUUGGCAUUUAACAGUCAUGCUAAUGCUCCCUUAGUAAUAAAAGGGAACAUGACUUUUUACUGUGUGGUUUGCCCAAGGUGUUUCUGGUGUUGCCUGAUGGUACAGUACCCAUAUUGACAUAAACCACCCCAAACAGCUGACAAGCUGACUGUAAACACCUCUCUACCAUUGCUUGUCUUUAUAAGUCAUAAUGAAAUGUGUGUAUGAACAGAGUCAAACAACAUACUUAAUGUUUUGUUGAGAUCAUGCCUGUAAAAUCAGUCUGUUUAUGGGCAAGUUCAUGUUGUGGUUCUCACAUAUUUAGGUUAGACUACUUGUUGUAUAAUCUUGCCACUGCAGAUAUCAGCUAACGUUAAAGUUUUCUGAAUGGUAUAUUGGAGCCGAGCAUUUUAUUCUAGCCCCCUUACCAAGCAACCACACAUACAAUUAUUAUUUUACUCAACCGCACACUGCCACUGAAGAUCCUAUUCCCUGAGUACAUCCCCACAUUUCAACACUUAUUAUAGAUUGUGGCCUCUCUCUCAAGCCAGAAUAAUUCUGGUGCAGAUCAAGUCCAAAAGCUCUCUGCAUUGUAUUACUCUGUGUCCUUUUGAUGUAGGUCACCCUCGGGGGUAAAGCUGCCCAAGCCAGCCUGUGUAUUGGAGAUAUGAUCUUGGCUAUUGAUGGAGAACCAACAGAGAACAUGACUCACUUGGAAGCCCAGAACAAAAUUAAGGGCUGUGUAGAGGAGAUGGUGCUCUCCAUUGACAGGUGAGACACAGUAACAUGUGCCAGUCUUGAUCUGCUUUGCCGUAGGCCUGAGAAACUCUGAGUAAUAUGAGAUAGCACUGCCAAAAUCCAGGUGUUCAGAGAGUGAUGUCAUGUGAUCACUCAUUUAAGUACAAGGCUGUCCACUUAAGAGAAGUGCAUGUACCUGUUUUUUUUUUAAUGUCAUAUCAGUGCACAACAGUCUAACUUUCUCAUAGGAGAGGAUUUCACGCAACAGGGAAGAUGAAACUGACUCAGGGGGCAUGUUGAAGCAAAUGAAGAGGGAUAUUAAAGGCUGGGCGGGGUGGACUGUGAAGAAAGCCAAGCACAGGGUUGUUGGCGUCUCUGCUCUGCUGCUCUUAAAAAAAAACUCACCCAGAAACAGAAAGACAGGACCAGGCAUGUUUCUGAAUAUGUGCUUCUUGUUGGUCUUUGUUCUGUAGGUCAGAAGCUAAAAUGUGGUCUCCACUUUCAUCUGAGGAAGGGAGAGCACACCCAUAUAAGAUGAACCUUGCAUCAGAGCCACAGGUAUGUGCCAGCUGUGGAAUUUGAACCCUUAUAAUUACUGUCCAAACCCUCACAUAUAAAAUUGAAGUUAAAAAGUAGCCACACAGUGUCUAAAAGUCUUCACAGUCCUUUUCUCUGCAUAAAGACUUGUGUUUCUCUCGCAAUACUGCCAAUGAUGAGGUCACUGUUUACUUCCCAACAGACGGUUUCCUAGGAGAUGGUAGUUUAUCAGCCAAAUACUGAUGUAAGCCUCAGUUCCUGCUUUCUGUGCUGAAUGUUAAGGUCAAAGUAUGACUGUGUGUAGGAAACACAGACAUGUUCCCCGGCCACAGGAGUCAUAUUUCUCCCUUGCAUACAAAAACAUGUUUCAAAAAAUAUUUUCUUUAAGCCAUUACUUUGUCAUUUUUGACUGUCACUGGUGAUGUUAGUGUUAAAAUAUGUUGGCAUUUGUUUCCUUGCUCUAAGAGAAUAUGAGGUAUUCUGCGCCUCAAACUUCAGAUGCUUAAAGCAUGAGCUAAAUCAGGAGGUGUGUCUGCGUCCUCGUUGGAAUGUGUAAGCAAGUCUCUAGGUUUGAAAGUUUUUGUGUGCCCACAUUGACAGCAUGCCAGUGUCACAAUGAAUUGAACACUAACAUAAACUCCACUUUAACAAGGUUGAUAGGUUGACAUAAUCAAAAGGUGUUAAUUGUUUUUUCAAUGAAGUGUUAAAGUGGUAGUGUAUGAUAAUGGUGGUGGACUGGAGUGUGUUAUAUUGGAAGAUGUUCCUGAUGUGGACAAAAUAUAAGGGACACAUUUCAUCAUCUUACGCUCCAGUACACCAUAAACAUCCACCAUUUCUUCAGCAGCAAAUAUAUGUAGUGCAAUAAUCACCUAAAUUAUCAAGUCAACAAAAAAUGCCAUUUUAGAAACUGCAAAUGUAAAAUCUAGGGUAGAGUUUUUGUUUUGCAUUUCUUUAGCUCACGAAGGUGUUUAUACCUUUUUAUAUGCACCGAUGCCGCUCAAUAGUUGUCCCUAAAAGGUUUUUUUUUUACCUUAAUGUAUUUUAAAAAGUGAAACUUUUUUUUUUUUAGAUUCACCACCUACAAAGUGAAAUAUUUACAGUGAUUGUUUGAAUCUUGAUGAUUACAGCUCAUGAAAAUCAAAAAUCUACACUUUCUUCAGACACCACAAUAUAUUUAUAUUUUUAAACACUGAAAAGGAUAAAUAUUCAGAAAUGUGGACCUUCUGAAAAAUCCUCUUCAUUUAUGCUCUCCGUUCCUGAUCGAGGCUCCUUUUGCUUGAAUUCCUGCAUCAGUGUGUCGUGUCAUGGAGGUGAUCAGUCUGUGUCUCUGCUGGGGUCUUACUGAAGUCCAGGUCUCUCUAAUAGCUCCUUCAGCUGGUCUGUAUUGUUGCUCUGGUGUCUUUCAUUUCUCUCCUGAUGAUCCUCCAGAGAUCCUCUAUGGGGUUCAGGUCAGACCAGUUGGUUAGACAAUCAGUCACAGUAGUAUCAUGGUCAGCAGACCAGUUGCUGGCAGUUUUGGUGCUGUGGACAGGGUUCAGGUCCUGCCCGGAAAAGUAAAUCUGGAUCUCCAUAAAGCUUCUCAGCAGAUGAAGCAUGAAGGUUUCUAAAACCUCCUGGUGGACUUUAGGCUGCAGUAACUCUGGACUUGAUCAAACAUAGUAGACCAAUAGCAGCCGAUGACAUAGACCCCCAAACCAUCACAGAGUGAAGGGCCAUUCUGUGUGUAGAGGCUCUUGAUGCUCUGACUCCAGUCUCAGUCCAGUUCUUGUGAAGACCCCCUAAGUUCUUAUAUCUACUUUGUCAGUCCUCUGAAGGUUGCUUUCAUCCCUGUUUCCUGGUCUCCUUCUCUUCCCUCACUUUUCCCUUCAGUCAACUUUCAUGAAUCUGCUGCAGACUCUGUGGACAGCCAGACUUUUCAGCAGGGACCUUCUGGGGUCGGCUGACCCUCCUUGUUUAGGGGUCGUUGGUGUUUUUUUUGGACAACUGUCAGGUCAGCAGUCUGAACCAUGAAUGUGGUUAUUUACUGACCCAGAGUAAGAGAAUAAAGACUCAAUUUACCCUUACAGAGUUGUUCAGAGUUCAUCAGCUGAUUAGAGACUUUUUCAGGACUGAAGUAACUGACAAAAAACAUUAACACAAUAUUCUGAUGAAUGAAGAUGGUGGGUUUUUGUGUUUCAUGAGCUGUCAGCCGUGAUCAUCAAAAUUUUAAAAUGUCUUUAAAUGAUUCACUUUGUAGGUGGUGGAUCCACAAUGUAUGGAAUAUCAAUUGUGUGGAAAAAAGAACUUUAUUGGGACUUUCUAGCUUUUAGAGUGCAUUUAUAUGUUUGUAUACUUGAAGGAUCUUUGAUACUCAGGUUUCAUCACUUGUUACCACCAUUAUGGAUUUUGCACCACAAGUGUUGUUGCAUGUUUGACACAGCACAGGAUUUCACAUUUCUCCACAAUUAUCUUUUAUUUUUAUAAAGCAGCCUCUGUUUGGUUUUUCACACUCUGUAAUGAUCAUUUUUACAGGAGAUGAAACACAUCGGCUCAACCCACAACAGGAGUGCUAUUCCAUUUGCUGGCUUUGGCUCCAAAGUUUUGACUAACCAGUACAACAGCCCCUCUGGUCUCUACUCCUCAGAGAACAUCAAGAACUUCAACUCUGCUCUGGAUGAAUCAAAAACAAUGGCCUCCGUUAACGAGCCCAGUUUCAAGUAGGUUCAGCCUCAGGUGUUCGUUCUUUACCCUUGGGGGGCAGGGGGAUGACGAAUUGACAGUGAGGUGUAUCGGUCAGUAGUGUGUGAUCUGUGACAACAUUAAACAAUAUUCUGUGAGUCUCUACACCAGUUUCACAAAUCUGAUGAUAUUUGGGGCUUUCCUUGUUUCCUCACACAUCCUUUCUUUUGCUAAUGGUGUUUGUUAUAACCACACUGUAGGAGGAUUCAUGGAUUGGCUUGGUACUAUAGCAAAGUAAAGCCUUGACUCAGUGAUUCUUAAGUGAUUUGACUUAUAAUGGCAUAAUUAAUAGUGAGCAUCUAACAUAAUAGUAUAAUUUCACUUUUCAAUAUUUGUUGCAAAUUAGAUAAUAUUUAAAAAUUUUCAUGUAUGUCUAUACAAUCCUACAUUGAACACCUUUGGUUCUGUUGAUGCACAGUGUAGUUUAUAUUAAGCUGGUACUAAUAAACCAGAAUAACUCCUGCUCCUGAUGGCAGGUUCUGUGAAAAUUAUCCUUUUUUACUAUUAAGUGUGCUGUUAAUGCACACUGUAGUAGGGUAAGAGGGCUCAGACUAGGGCUGCACGAUUAAUCAAUUUUAAAUCGUAUUUGGAUUAUUUGAUUAUGAGGAUGUUAAAAAAAUUUCAAUCAUCAAAUACAUUUUCCUCUCUAUCAUGUCUCACACCCCCAGGCCACCAUAGGCUCCCCUGUUCCUACACACAUCAGUGUAAACAAACUUGGCGUUUGCAAUAGAAGGCGAUAAUUUUGUGGCCAAAUUGGGCAAGAGAAAAUCAGUCAUGUGGAAUUGGUACGACUUCGCAGUUUCGGAUGAAGAGCAAACCACUCCUCUCUGCAAAGUCUGUCUGAAGGCGGUAUCAACCCGUCCACAAGGAAAUGACUUCAGGAGUAAAUGCACACAUUUUUUGUGGUAUUGGCAUUUCAUCCACACAGAAACAGCGUUUUGGGUGACUGUAAACAGUACUUUGUGAAAAUAGGUCAGAGAGUGCAUAAAUCCGUAAGCGACUACCAUUUCAUGCCCGUGUGGAUGUCUAUCUGCAUCACGGGAAACAAUUAUGUGACACACAGCGUAACUCUUUUAUGGCGCCUACGCAUGUCCGGCCAAAAAAACCUUUAUACACAUGGUCUGUACUCUUCUUCUGUCUUCUGCGCAUUUCCUCGGCGGCGUUACAGCACCACUUACUGGCUUGGCAUAUGCACUACAUCGUUUUCAGUGGUUUCAUUUUGAGAGAUGAUAGUAAAACUUUUUAUUUUUAAAGUGAAGUUUGGUGAAGUUGUCACUGAAUAGAUAAUCAAAAUCGAAAACCGAGUUUUCAGAGAAAAAAAUCGUGAUUUUAUUUUUGGCCAAAAUCGUGCAGCCCUAGCUCAGACCUAAUGAAAAAAAAUGCUGAUGUAUUAUUAAUAUGUGUGCAUAACAUUUAUUAAUACAUUGUGUAUAUUUGUUAACACAACAAGUAUAGGACAGUUCUGACUCCUCUGUAGUUGUCAUUAAUUACUAUUACUGCAUGCAGUCAGGUCUUAGGUUCUCAGUAUGCUACUAUAGAAGAAGUUUUGUCAUCAAGUGUUAAUUAAGUGACUUUUUCAUUAAUCACUUUAGCUUUUGGGACGUCUCCAUUAAAUCGUCUGCCACUCAGAAACACCUGUUCAAUCAGCAGUACUUCAGUACUUUCCUUUUAUUCUGCUAAUGCUGCUUUGUACUCUGUAAGUACAUCCUGACUCUGCAGGCGACACCACACUUGGAAUACUUGCAGCUCAGUAUUUGCAAACUGCAAUUGUGUUAUCCACCUUUGACAGAGAGGAAAACCUCAGCACCACAAAUACUGGAAUAGAAAGUCAUGAUCAGCUUAUAAUUUAUCAGGUUGAUCUAAAUGGUGCAUCCCUGCUUUGGUUCUGCUCUCUGCUGUGAUUACGACACCUACAUUAAAAAGCAGUGAGACAGCAGAUGGGACUAAAAUGUUUCUUUAUAAACCUAUUAAGAGCUCGGUAAAAGGAGUAAUAUUUACCUCCCUGUAACAUCUGACCUUCAGUAUGAAUGUCUCAGAGGGGUGAUGGUGGGACCGGGCAGCCGUGUUGCUGUGCUGGUAUUUGAGGUAAUACAAAGGGCAUUACAAAGGUGAGACAGGAGCACUGUGAGCCAGUGAAACAGGAACAACACUGUAUGUAUGAGUUUGUGUGAGUGUGUAUGUUUGUAUAUUUACGUCUUGUGAUUUUGCAAUGCUGUGUCGCAAUGUGAAAUGACACUGUUUGAAAUGCUGUAAAAAGAAACAAUAUGAAAGCUUUGAGCGGGUAGAGGUGGUUUGUGGUUCUCUGCAGGCCACAGUUAACAGGAUGAACACACUGCAUUAGCGGGUGCUUUUUACUGACAAGACACUGAAUUACCAGUAAUCGUUUGUAAAGGUAUAAGUGCGGUCCACUUGAAUGCAUACAGCUGUUAAGUUGACCAACAACUUAACAGCUGAUUCAGCUGGGACAAAUGGCCAAUGCUCUGCCCAGCGCUGCAGUGGGAAAGACAUCUCAUGUCCCUUAGAACAAAUUUCCUUUUUUCCUCUCACCCUCUUGGUUUCCAUGAACCUCCACAAGUGUGGGAAGGUCUAUGAUGCAAAAAAAGGAUGCAAGUCAGGGGACACAUGGUAAAGUCUUGGUGAACUGAAAUAUAAAGCUGUUUGCUGUUUGUCUCCAAAGUAUGAAUGGACUGAAAUAAAUGCUCUUGCUUUCCAGAGCUCCGUCAGAUCCAUCACAAACAGGAAAGCGUCCACAUGUAGCAGAAGACUCAGAGGUCUACAAGCUGCUGCAGGAGAAUCAAGAGUCUGAUGAGCCUCCUCGACAGUCUGCUUCAUUUAAGGUUCUUCAGGAGAUCCUUGAGACAGGUACUCGUGUGCAGCUCAAACCCUCAUAGCUGAUCCUUUUUCUAUAACAAUGUAGUUACCACCCUGAAAGUUCCCACACCCUCUGACCAGAGAGCAUUUCACCUGACUUCGACAUGGGUCCCUGUGUCUGUGCAGGGCUGUGUGCAUUUGUGUGGAUAUGUGUGCAUCUCUGUGUGUCUGUGGUUCUGUGCAGGUCUGUGUGGGUGCAUUGUUUUGAUCGUCUGACAUCUGUCUAUUGUCUGUAGGUGACUGUGAUAAACCAUCAGGCUUCAGGAGUGUGAAAGCCCCCUCUACAAAGAUUGGGUCAUCUGUGGGGAACACAGAGAGGCUACCCACCUGUGAGAAAUGUGGAUCUGGGAUUGUGUAAGUAUUUCAUGAUUCUCCUGAUCGUAAACGGCUCUGAGGUAUCACUGCCCUUUAUGCUCAGUCUGGACUCAGAUGUACUCCUAUCUUGCUGAAUUCAAAGGUAUCACUAUUACACUGACAUAACUUUCACGCUGUGACAAACUACUUAUGUUACAACACAAAUGAAUUUGUCUCCACCUUGUGGCUUUCUUUGGUGGUGAGGUAAGUCCUGCAGGGAUCUGCCUGGCAAUCCAGUUGUAUCAGGCAAUUCCCACAAAAACUGAUUCUGCACACUUGGGUUUGCUUUAAGUUUUAAAGAUUGAAUUUACCAUAAAAUCUGGAAUUAUUUGUGUGAGAUGAUUUUCUGUAGAUGGCAUACUUUUCAUGCUAAGUUCAUUGAGGACCUCUUUGCUCACCUCAGAGUGGAGGUCAACCAGUUACAGCUUUGUAUUGGGGAAACAGUGUUGAUACUGAUGGUGAGAGAGCAGGGGCCUGGGGCCUGUUCUACGAAGCAGGAUUACUGCUUAGCGAGGUAACUAAGAGGGUAAGUUCGGGGUUUCUUGUUCUACGACGAGGGUUCACUUCUUAGCAAGGCGAGUCUCCAUGGCAACGUACGCUGAAUGGCUAACCUGCUCCAGGACAAGUUAGGUUCCAGAUUGAACUCACCGAGUAUAAAAACCCCGCCCACUAACCAAUGAGCUCUCUCGAAAAAUGGCUUGUCCGUUCUUGGAGGAUCCUGUAGACCUCGGUGCUCGUAUUGUCCGAGGAGCACUCUGACGCGCAAGAGUUUUCAGGAUCCGCACAGACCCACUUACUUGUCCGGAUGACCACCUUUAUGACAAGCUCAUAUGGACUACAUAUCACACAAAAAAUGUAAACACGAUAGGAAUGAACAAAUGAAUGAAUUCAUCUUGGAAAUGAGUUAGACCUGUCUGGUGCAUGUUGAACAGUGCUAUUUCAGGGUGAUAAUGGCAUCCAAGAUUUAUUGCGCACUAUAUUUACGCAUUGAGACUGUUGGCAAUUUUCUUUCCAUGCUUUUGCAGCGGCGACAGUGUUGCUUUUGAGGUUUAUGAUAGAUUUGAAUUCUUCAUACUUUCUCAUGAUUGUCUCCUGCUCCUCGUUUGUAAAGUAUGCGGUCCUUCGCUCUCCGGCCUGCUCUGACGCUCCAGACUUGUCCAUGUUCACGAUUGGUCAGAUGUGGUGGGCUCCGCCUAACAUGCAUGCACGCACUCAUUGCAAAGCGGGAUCCACUUACGAGGUUGAUAACCAGCGUCGUAAGACCGUUUAGAGAGACCGCUGGCUACCGUGCUAAGUUGAGCGAGGUAGCUCCAAGGCUACCUCGCUCGGUUGAACUUGCUUCGUUGAACAGGCCCCUGUUCUACGAAGCAGGAUUACUGCUUAGCGAGGUAACUAAGAGGGUAAGUUUGGGGUUUCCUGUUCUACGACGCGGGUUCACGUCUUAGCGAGGCGAGUCUCCAUGGCAACAUAUGCUGAACGGCUAACCUGCUCCGGGGCAGGUUAGGUUCCAGAUUGAACUCACCGAGUACAAAAACCCCGCCCACUGACCAAUGAGCUCUCUCGAAAAAUGGCUUGUCCGUUCUUGGAGGAUCCUAUAGACCUCGGUGCUCGCAUUGUCCGAGGAGCACCCUGGCGCGCGAGAGUUUUCAGGGACCGCACGGACCCACUUCCUUUUCCGGAUGACCAGCUUUAUGAAAGGCUCAUAUGGCCGACAUAUCACACAAAAAAUGUAAACACGAUAGGAAUGAACAAAUGAAUGAUUCAUCUUGGAAAUGAAUGUGCAUGGGCUGCAUGUUCACAGACAACACCUCGGUACUAUUUAGUAGCAGCGCAUGCCCCUUGUAAUAACCCCUGUAAAUACUGUUGUUCAGGACUGCUUACUUGUGCUUCCUACCUACUGUAAUAACCGCUGUUCUAGCCCACAUGCAACAUUUUUGUUCUCAUUCAUGAAACGCUUAAAUCGGGGGACAUUUUCGGGGGCAGCUUUAGCCGGGAGCAGAUCAUCCAAUUCGGGGAUCCGGCCCCCGGAAAUCGGGGACGUCUGGUCACCUUAGUUAAAAGUGCAUGUUGAUCAGUGCUAUUGCAGGGUGAUAAUGGCAUCAAAGAUUAAUUUUCUGCCAGCAUUCCCUCCGUGCUUUUGCAGCGGCGACGGUGUUGUUGCUUUUGAGGUUUAUGAUAGUUUUGAAUUCUUCAUACUUUCUCAUGAUCGUCUCCUGCUCCUCGUCUGUAAAGUAUGUGGUCCUUCGCUCUCCAACCGGCUCUGACGCUACAGGCCGGUCCAUGUUCGCGAUUGGUCAGAUGCGGCGGGCUCCGCCUUACAUGCGUACACGCGCUCAUAGCAAAGCUGGAUCCAUUUACGAGGUUGAUAACCAGCGUCGUAAGACCAUUUAGCAAGACAGCUGGCUACCGCGCUGAGUUGAGCGAGGUAGAUCCAAGGCUACCUCGCUAGGUUGAACUUGCUUCUUGGACAGGCCCCAGGUCAGCUAAUGACCGAUAAACAAUGUAGAUAUCAGACAAUGGUUUUUUGUUUUGUUUUUUGAAUUUAUGUUUUGUUUUGGUUUUGUUUUUUUCUUAGUUUUUUUGUUUGUUUAGUUUUUUUUAUUUGUUAUUUUUGUUUGUUUUUUAUUUCUGUUUUUGUUUUUUUGUUCGUUUUUUUUUUCACUUUUUGUUUUUCUCUUUUUGUUUUUGUUAAAGCUUUAGGGUUUUUUUGUUGUUGUUGUUUGUUUAUUGGAUUUUGUUUUUGUUAUUUUUGUUUGUUUUUCAUUUUUGUUUUUGCCACAAGGAGCUUUUGGAUUUCUGUCCAGCCAUCAGAGAUUGCUUAACAAAAAAUGAAAAUAACAGAAGGAAGAUAUUGAGGCUUGAAAUAAAAAAGAUUCAUAACUCCAUGUACAUUAAAAUUUUUCAUGCAUAGAUAUCUCAGCCAGUAACAUGUUAUGAAUUUUUAUGAAUCAGUGGAGUAACAGAUUUUAGGUCAUACUAAAGAUUUAAGAAACUGUCUGAUAUAACUGUCAAUACUGAACUGCAUGAUCUACACAUCGUAACAAGUAGUGGUGAUAUCAGCAUUUGAGGGCAAAUAUAUGAUCCUAGUUAUGUCAAAGGGCCAUUAAUCAGCCCAGUUAACUGGCCAAUCAGUCUGUCUCUACGUCAGAGAAAAGAAUGUCCUCAAACCCUCUGAAAAAUCCUGUCAAAAUGAUCAUUUGAAGAACAGCCCAGAGCAUCUCUGACAGAGGCUCUGUGACUAGAAAUGACAGCAAAUGUGCAGCAUCCUGGCUCCAUGUGAAUUUGCCCCCAGGCUUAUUGUUUUAUUUCCAAAUGCUAUUGUUUAUGAAAUUCUUAUCUUAGCUUCUACAAAGUUUAAUGUGAUGUUUCUAUCUCUGCUUUAGGGGGAUGGUGGUGAAGCUCAGGGACAAGUUUCUCCACCCUGAGUGCUACACCUGUACAGACUGUGGCAUCAACCUGAAACAGAAGGGACAUUUCUUCAUCGAGGACAAGAUUUAUUGUGAGACACACGCACGUGAGCGAGCGACUCCACCAGAGGGCUAUGAUGUUGUCACUGUCUUCCCCAAGUAGAGCCAUCACUAUGUUCAGCUGUGGACUGCAUGCCAGUAAAGGACGUUAUCUGAGACAAUGCAACAUUUGGCUCUUUCUACUGUAAGAUCACCAAAGGUUCUUUUGUGGGAUGGUCAUGAGCCACCUCUUUUAAAUUACUCAUUUGCACAUUUUUUGGCAAGCAGGAAAAAAAUCUGUGAUUGCUUUGAGAUGAUAGUGUUCUUUUUUCUCUACUUCAAAAGAAGAUCCUUUAGACUUUGAUGCUACCGGGGUCAUGUUUGAAUUUGUGUAGAGCCAGUUUGUUGAUUGGAUGGUGAAAGACUGAAACAGACCCAGAAAAUGAAUCAAGACUUUAUUAAAUUGACCCAUUCUGCAGGAAAAGUUUAAAUGCACACUUGAGUUUUGUUACUUAAUAAAAAUUUUAUCCGAAAAAAAACUAUAUUCUGCUCGCUGAAAUGUGUGGAUCGUUGUGAAAAGUACUUUUGAACAGUGUUGGAAUAAAAACUUGUUUGACUCUUCAGCUUGGACAGGUAUAAAAACUUAACACAAAGCUUGAACUUUGCGCUAUCUGCAUAUUUUCAGCCUUUAGAGGGCAGCAGUGCUAAUGGUACCUAGCUGUCUUCAUAUGAAAAAAAACGUCAUGCAGGUUCGAAGAUAUAUCAUGUGAAGUCAUCGGUCGUCUCUCUUAUCGGGGAUAUUUUCAGUCACAGAAAGAGUUGAAAUAAAAGGUAACAGGCAUCACACAUGGUUGUGGUCUUGCCGAAACCUUACAGUUAAUUUCAUGAGCUGAGAUUUCAAAGUCUGCCGAGGAGACGCAGGAGUCUGCAGGUGAAGCCUGAUCCUCCUCACCAGAGGAAACACUUGUUGGUCUGCGUAAAUCACAUUUCACUGGAGGGUAUUCAGGUGUCAGUCCAUGGUGGUCUGUCAAGCGCAAAGUUGCGGUCAGAGCCCAGAUGUAGUUGUGGGCGAAGCGAAGAGUUUCGAUCUUGGUCAGCUUUGCGUCUUCGGGCAUCGCCGGCAGGAUGCUUCUCAGCACAUCCAGCGCGGAGUUCAGGUUACGCAUCCGGUGGCGCUCUCUGUCGUUUGCCUUUAAUCUGCGCCUGCCGCGCUGCCCAGACUUUGUACAUGUGACCACGUGUUUUACGUUUUCCAUAGCCGAGGCUUUCCUUCUGACCACAGUCAGCAGAUUUUGUGACAGUUUUUCACAGCAGACUCCACCAGCUGUAUUUACGGCGAUGCGAUCAGAAACUUGUCUGUGCGUCCUUGCCUCUCUCUUUGGGCGCAGGUCAGUGCGGGCGCACAGCGCUUCAGACAUUCUGUGCACAUAAAAUGAGGUGAUACAAAGUUACGCACAACCCUAAAUACGUAUACACAACUACCACUAAAGCCAUUGUAAAGUAGAGAAGGAGAUCCAUCUUAAAAAGCAACCACAGCGUAAAAGUUACUGCCUCCUUAAGUCUGUGGUGAAAUGAUGCCAGAGUUUGUCAAUUAUGAUGAAAACGGAGAAAGUAUUAUGCCUCUGGUUAAGUCUACUCUAAAAUGAUCAAAGAACACUAAGAUGAUGAAAUAGGAUGGAUACAUACAAACUUACUGAGCGGUUGAUGGACUACUUGAUUAAGGAGAAAGACGGUUGUCCUUGUUAAUCCUCUUUUCGACGCUGGAGGAACUAGAAAUCGUAUUUGAGGCUCUGGCAGUGAGGGAUGGAUGAGCAUCUCUGCUUUUUUAUAGUGUCUUUAUCUUAUCUUUUGGUGUGGUGAACGCCUGAAUCAACAGCGCCUGUCAAGUGACCAAUCAGCCACCAGGCAGCAGGUCCUUCGCCCCUGUCCCCCCUCUUUCAGUCUUUACAGGGCCGCGUGUCUUUGUUUAGUCUCCAUCGUUUUGUCUUGGUAAAGUACCAAAUAUGUGGGCUGAGUGAGGUUUACCAUCUCUGCACUUAAAAGUCCUUUGUUUAUGUUAUUGUAUAUUUUAUCUUGUACUUUGUAAUCCCGAAUUUUGUCCGCUGGGAGGCACCUGUCACUCUAUCAUUUGUGUAGAUUUCCUCGAAGCAAUAUUCUAAUAUUAGAUCAUACUUAGUUUUACUACUUGCACACUGCUAUUCACAAAUGUUUACUGUUCAUUAUAUAGAAAGAUCAUUUUGUCAGUGGUGCAAUUUUUACUUGGUUUCACAGAGAAAUGCAGAACGUGUCACAGGAAAGACACUACAGGGAGCUCAAAGCUGCCUUUGGUUCAGGGGACACCAUGGUCUCUCACUCAGAGCUUUUCACUAAGACGCCGAGUUAAACUGACUUUGUCACAAAAAA